UGACAUUUAGUGUAAAGUGCUUUGAGUGGUCGGAAGACUAGAAAAGCGCUAUAUAAAUUCAAGUCCAUUUACCAUUUAACAUUUAAAAGAGCCGGCUCUUUGAACCGGCUCGUUCGCGAUCGACACAUCACCACUCUCUCCCUCAAGUGAUUUUACUUCCUGGUCCUUCUUGUCAGGUUAGCUUCACGGUUAGCUGCUAGCUGUUAGCAGUGAUGAGUCAGAUGAGCCGGUGACAUGGAUCAGUUUUAAUCAUCAGAGCUCAUAUCAGAAACGUCCGGUAUUUAUUUGGGGGGAUGUCUCGUCACGUGCGUACCGGAGACCCGGAGGCUCGAGAGCCGCUUCUCACCGGAGAACACCUGGAGGAGCUGAACUCUGAUGAAGGUGAAGUCAUUUUCGAGAGGAGCUCCUCAAACAUCUCACGUGAUGCCGGUGGGAGCGCUCACAGAAGAUUAACGUAUGAGGAAGCAGUAGAGGAAGCAGGUUUUGGUUUGUUCCACUGGCUGCUGUUGGUGGUGUGUGGUUGGGCCAACGCCAGCGACGCCGUGGAGAUCCUCUGUGUGUCUUUCCUGCUGCCGACGGCGCGCUGCGACCUGCUGCUCAGCUCCUCUGACAUGGGCCUGCUCACCGCCAGCAUCUUCCUCGGAAUGAUGGUGGGCGGCUACAUGUGGGGAUACCUGGCUGACCAGAGGGGGCGUCGCCGGGUCCUGGUCGUGUCCCUGACGGUUAACGGGGUGUUUGGCGGUCUGGCCAGCUUUGCUCCGUGGUUCUGGCUCUUCCUGCUGCUGCGGUUCAUCAGCGGCAUCGGGGUCGGCGGGUCGAUUCCUGUUAUCUUCUCCUACUUCUCUGAGUUUAUGCCCCGACUGAAGAGAGGUGCGAUGAUCAGCGCUCUGGCCACCUUCUGGAUGGCAGGAAACAUCCUGGCUGCAGGUCUGGCCUGGUUGGUGAUUCCAAGAACCUGGGCUCAUGUCUCACUGGGAACGCUGGACUUCCAGAGCUGGAGACUGUUUGUGGUGCUCUGCUCCGUUCCCAGCCUCACCUCAGCCCUCCUCUUCAAGCUGCUGAUGCCUGAGAGCCCCAAGUUCCUCAUGGAGGCGGGCUGCGAGAAAGAGGCGAUCCGUGUCUUCCAGCUGAUGUUUAAACUGAACACGUGGGGGAAAGGAAAGAAUUUACCGGAAUUUGGUUUACGCAUCAGCUCCAAGAAUAGAGGCGAAAAGGAGACCAGAAGCGGGGCUUCACGUAGAGAAAGACUCGCCUGCUUUUUGAAAAAGGCCGUGGUGCCCGUUAAACGGAUGUUUAAAGGUUCACUCAGAUCCAGGAGCAUCGCGUUGCUCGUCGUCUUCUACUGCAUCUCCUUCGGUUACUACGGGCUGUGGAUGUGGUUCCCGGAGCUGUUUGAGAGGAUUGAGGACGGCGGCUCGCCCUGUGCCAACGUGUCCCUGCCGUCUCCGCUCCACAACCAGAGCUGCUACCCGGUCAAGACAGCAGUGUAUAUGGAGGGCUUCAUCAUUGCUGUAUCAAACUUACCGGGAAACAUCUUCACCAUUCUCGUGAUGAAUAGAACGGGAGGAAAAGCUCUACUGUCCUGCAGCCUGCUGGUGUCCAGUCUGAGCGUCUUCCUCAUCUACGUGGUCCAGACCAAAGCCCAGAGUCUGAUCGUGUCCUGCGUCUUCAGCGGCGUGUCCGUGAUCGCCUGGAACUCCCUGGACGUGCUGGGAACGGAGCUCUACCCGACUCAGCUACGGUCCUCUGCUCUCGGUUUCUUCACAGGAGUGGGCCGAGUGGCGGCCAUCAUGGGUAACGUGGCCUUCGGGAAGUUGGUGGACACAAACUGCGCCGUGCCGGUGCUGCUGGUGUCGGCUAUGCUGCUGACCGGAGGACUGGUGGCUCUCCUGCUUCCACAAACCAAGCAGACUGAGCUCACCUGAUCAAUCAGAAACUACCUUUAUAAAUAGAUUAUUAUAAAACAUCCUCUUUAACGUCCUCAUGGAAGCAGACAGGAGGGUCGCUGCCUUUGUUCUGUGAUUGUUAUCUCCUGUUUCUGCUCCCAGACGAUGUUUGAAUCCUGUGCCUUCUGUCGUCUCCCUGUGCCUUCAUACGGUGCCUCGUUUAUAAUGCCAACAAUAAGAGAAAUUGUCAAAAGACAAUAGGGACGGUCUCCACCUUCCAUGAAUUAUUAUUCAGGGAAGUGAGUAAGGAGAAAAAGAAAUGCAGUUGUACUUCAGUGUAUAUAAUGUGAGCUUGUGAGGAUUAAAAUCCUUCAGAGUGUGAAGGACACCUUUAGAAAGUUUGUCAGUAUCAAACUCUUAUCUUCUAAGUCAAAGAAGUAGUGUUGAACAUGAUGUUUCUGGAGUAUAAUCGGCGGUGGCAUUAAAGGUUCAGUUAUAAAAAGUCACCUUGAACUCAAAAAGGAUCUUGAAGGAUGUUUCAGGAUUUUUACGUGUUGCGUUUGACUAUCUGGUUAGUCGAUCUAUCGGUUAAAGAAAAACACUGCACGUUCCACAUCUGUUUUACUGUAAUUUACUAUGUAAAAUGAAGAAUCACAAGUGUCCUCCAAAUCCCAGGUACAUCUUUAUGCAUACUGUAGGUUUGAGAGGCGACUCAGGACUCAUUCUGAACCCAAUCUGCCAUUUUGCUGCACAAACUGGACCACACCAGUUCAUCCGCAUUCCUGUGGAAAACCAAAGAUCACAAUCAGUUUAAAAAGGACCAGAACAGGUACAGACCUUUACUGUAUAUCUGAGUUGCCACAUUGUUGAUGGGCUCAUAUUCCCAUCAGUUAUUCCAUAAAGCUGUCUGUACUCUGAGACUACUGAAGAAGUUUGUUUUUAAAAAAUAAACUCUUAUUUUUUGUUCAUCUCA